AGAGGUUAAGGACCUGACGCCGCCAUGAAGAUAUUUGCUGUUGCUUUGGUACUUCUGCUGGUUAAAGGAUUACAGGGUGCCGCCAUUCCCGUAGAAGAGUCCAAGCCCAACAAAUCCACAAGCUGGCAGCAGCCUCUUUGGGACCUGUUCAAAAUAGGACAUGAGGUUGCCAGUGCUGCUGUCGAAAUAUUAUCCCAGUCUGAAUUGGCCAAAACAGCUGUAGGAAAGCUAUCAAACAGUACAGAACAUUUUGAUACCCUACUUGAAACAUCAAUAAAGGAGCUGUACAACUUGUCAAAGGAGCUCGAGUGGAAAGGAAUCCCUAUCACUCAACAUAUUAUGGAGCAGGGUAAGCUGCUCCAAGACAAGCUGUAUGCUGCUGGUUCUCAGGUCCAGGAGGUCAUUGGCAAUGAAACAUACAACACGAUCCAUGAGAAAUUAGAGUCGAUCCACAACGACAUUCAACAAUACCGCCAAAACCUGAGCCUCAUAACGAGCCAAUUGAAUCAGACACUUGAGGGUGAUGAAUGGCACAGAAGAGUCACCCUUUACACGCGUGAAAAGUUCAGUGUCCGCAUUGCAGAGAUGAAGCAAUACCUUUCACCCUUCAUUCAUGAAACCAAGGAGAGACUGAAGGCAUUUGACGACCUUGUUGCAAAAUGGAAAGAGGCACCAACUGAUAAUGCUUAAUGAUUCUGAUGAGGUUAAUUAGGAACAGCAAAUACAAAUUAAACAUUAAACCAAUCAUAAUAUGUAAGACAUAUUAUCCAGCCCCAUUCCAUAUAGAUAUUUACAAUUUAUAUAAGCACAUUUUAGUGUGGUAGCAAAUAUUGGCAUGUACUAAAGUAUAUUUAAACCAAUAUUUCCCGAUGUACAUUCUUGACAACUCUUCUGGGAAAUUCCUCACAGUGAUUGCUAAAUUCAUGUUGUCAUUGCUCAGUGAUCCACUUGUCCAGUCUUGGUAUUUAGCCCAUUGGAGGGAGACACAGUGCCAGGGUUGUACGAAACAAACCCUGAUAACAUCUUCUGGAGGGUACAGCUGUUGUUUAAUAACAAGUUACUCCUUUGCAGUCUUUACAAAAUGACUUGAAUUUUAAUUUUUUGAAUAAUUUGUUUUGUCUUAAUAACCUUGUGCCUUAUUGACUAAGAAUUUAACUUUUAAAAAUAUAUAAAGGGAUCAUUUCACACAAAUAACAUCCAUGUGUGGAUAGAUUAAACUGAUUUUUUUUUAUUGUUUU